AUGGCCAAACCGCAGUUCGACCGCGCAGACGCCAGCGCGCUCCUCGACGACCGAGGCUAUCGCGGAGCCCUCAUCAGAGGGCAGAACCCGGCGCUGCUCUUCGAAAAGGGUGUACGCGAGCGCAUCACCGAGUCCUACUACUGGAAAGAGCAAUGUUUCGGUCUGAACGCUGCGACCUUGUGCGACCGCGCGGCCGACCUCAAGUUUAUCGGCGGCACGACUGGCAUUACGGGCAAGCCUACACCAUUCUUGUGUCUAGCAUUCAAGAUGCUGCAGCUAGUUCCGGACAAGGAAAUUAUCCUUGAAUACCUCAACUUUCGCGACGACGAGGAAGAUGGAUCACCGGAUGGCGAGGCCAAGAAGGAGGAAAACGGCCACACAUCCGAGGACGAAGACACAACCAAGAAGGCGCUCGAUCUAAACGCUGCAGGCAAACUCGGCGACUUCAAAUACCUGCGGUGCCUCGCUGCCUUCUACAUUCGCCUUGCCUGGGAGCCCGUCGAAAUUUACAAAACCCUCGAACCCCUCCUCACCGAUUACCGCAAGAUAAAACGACGCCUCAAGGAUGCCUUUACCCUCACGUACGUCGAUCAGUUCAUCGAUGACCUCCUCACAAAAGACCGCAUGUGCGCGACGAGUCUGUGGAAGUUGCCGUCGCGGGCGAACUUGGAGGACUUGGAUAUGUUAGAGCCGAGGGAGAGUCCGUUGGGUGACGAAAUCGAUGAGCUGGAUGAGGAACUAGACAGAAGGAGCGAUGGGAGUGUGCGGAGCUACAGAAGCAGGAGCUAUGACAGCAGGAGCAGGAGUCGGAGCUACGACAGUCGCAGUCGCAGUCGUAGUCGCAGCCGCAGCAGAAGUCGAAGUCGAAGCUACGAUAGUCGUGAUCGCGAGAGGAGUCGCAGCCCAGGCGAGCGGAGCCGGUCACGGAGUAGGACACAUAGUAGGAGUGGGAGUCGCAGGCGCGAUUAG